CUCUUUAUGGCUUUGGUUAAUCUAUCGUCUAGCUGUCUUGGUCUUCCGAAAAGGCGAAGACAAACGCAUGGAUUUACUUUAUUCUAUGACUAAACCAGAAUCACCCCGGAGUGAGCUGUUCCAUAAGGGGCUCAUAUUAUCCGACAGAGCAGAGCUAUCAUGCCGAAGAAGCCUUUUUCUUUCUACGCCCCGGUGGCAUCUUGACUUUCCUAGAUCCAGUGCCAACCGAUCUAUAUCUAGCUUUGGCCGGCCGGGCCAACCCACCUAUACAGAGUUGAUGCCAUGCCCGCCUAACCACGAAAGAAAGCAUCCAAUAUUUCAAGACUUUCUCCACAGAGCUCUAAAAUCCUUUCUCCGAAGAUCCAGGCUCACUUUUUCAGGCAAUGGAAUGACCCGAGCAAAGGAAAGGGAUCAAGGCAAUAACUACGCGCAUCAAGCAUUCGCGCCGGUGUCACAAAAAGCAAAAGCAUAUCAAUUCGUUGAGGCAACUAGUCUUGGUAAGGAGUCGACGGGGAAGAGCCGUGCUGGGGUUGGAAGAGGUUCCAGCUUUAGAGGAGCCUCCCUAUCUUAUCCCUUGUUGGUCUUAUUUGACAGCUCAGCUUUGUCUCGGGCAGAUUUUGGAUACUUGUGGAUGGACGACUUAAGUCGUGCCAUUUCUCAGUUCUACCCGGUGGUAUCCGGAGGACUAGGAGGAGGAAAUACGCCAAUGCCCCCGACAAAUCCAUCUGAGGGUGGUCUUUUAGAAGGAUAUUAUGCUCAUGAGAAUGAGCACUCUCACAAUCAGCAGAGGGGUUCACCUUUCUGGUCGAAAGAGUACAAGGAAAGUGGCUCAAAACGCCUUUUCUUGAACCUCGAGGUAGAGGAUCAAAACACAGAUACCAUCGGGGAGCAAGUAAAAGCAGAGAGUGAUAAAUGCGAAAAAAUCAAGGCAAAAAUAAUAGCAAAAACACAUGAACUCUUAGUAUCCGAAGGUUACCAUAUUCCGGAUGAACGGGAUAUAGAACGAGCAAUAAAUGUUGUGAUGACUGAACAUGAAAUGAUCGAUAUCGAUCGGCGUAAGAAAAGAUUCUACUAUCUUUAUUCCCGGUCUCGACUUCUUCGCUAUGAUCUUCCCGGUAGUUCAUAUAGGAGCUAUAGCCGUUUCAUUCCUUUUCGUUGUUAUGAUGUUCCAUAUUCAAAUAGCGGAGAUUCACGAAGAAGUAUUGCGCUAUUUACCAGUGAGUGGGAUUAUUGGACUGAUCUUUUGGUGACCAGAAGCUACGCGCAAAUUCUCAUUGGGUCUUGGUUGUUCUUAACAGCGAUGGCUAUUCAUUUAAGUCUUGGGGUAGCACCACUAGAUCUUCAACAAGGUGGAAAUUCUCGUAUUCUCUAUGUACAUGUUCCUGCGGCUCGGAUGAGUAUUAUUGUUUAUAUCGCCACGGCUAUAAACACUUUCUUGUUCCUAUUAACAAAACAUCCCCUUUAUCUUCGCUCUUCCGGAACCGGUAUAGAAAUGGGUGCUUUUUUUACGUUGUUUACCUUAGUUACUGGGGGGUUUCGGGGAAGACCAAUGUGGGGGACCUUUUGGGUGUGGGAUGCUCGUUUGACCUCUGUAUUCAUCUCGUUUCUUAUUUACCUGGGUGCACUGCGUUUUCAAAAGCUUCCUGUCGAACCGGCUUCUAUUUCAAUUCGUGCUGGACCGAUCGAUAUACCAAUAAUAAAGUCUUCAGUCAACUGGUGGAAUACAUCGCAUCAACCUGGGAGCAUUAGCCGAUCUAGUACAUCAAUACAUGUUCCUAUGCCCAUUCCAAUCUUGUCUAACUUUGCUAACUUCCCCUUCUCAACCCGUAUCUUGUUUGUUCUGGAAACACUUCAAUCGCAGCUCACAGAAUCUAAAGAGAUAGCUCGCCCUUAUAGCUUAUGGGGCAUUUCACUCGCUCAACACUCGUUCAAAACAUCCACUCGUUCAACAGGAAAGAAAAGGUCCAAAGGAUCUACUUCUCAGGAUGGAAAGAAGCAAGAAAGUCUAGAGAGUCGAAAUGACCUUGUGAAACUCGGGAAUGAAGCAGAUAGGUCUCAGUCGAAGAAAGGUAGCCCUAUUGGGUCUGGGAUUGCUUACCUUUCUUUCCUUCUACAGUACGCCUUAGGCAGAGAAAAAAGUGCAAAAGCGAUUGAACAAAGUCGCUCCGGUUUGGAUGCAGAUGAGGGAGAGGGUGAAAGCUUUCAUUUAAAGACAGAAUAUCCUUGCUCCCAUCUAUUGGAAAAUCCACUCAGAGACUCAAUAGUUGAUAAUAGUUGAAUAGCUCCUCCGGUAGCCGGACUGUCAUUCCCACUU